GGAGAUUUGUAUGAUGACAACUCAGCAAAUGAAAAUCUCUAUUUGAGAAAAACUCGAUUACAAUUUUCACUGGAGUUAAUUUUGACUGUGUUUCUCAUUGUGGCGUCUUAAUUAGUCGUGUAUAUGGUUAUUGGUCUUUAGUGUUUGUGUUUCUAUGUGUUUAUCGCUUCUGGUUUGCUUCUUUAUUAGAUUAUAAGCUGUUUCUUUGAGCAAUUAUGGCAGCAAACGGGUUUCAAGAAUUUAUCGAGAGUGCUGAGGACGUUGAUGGUGUUCGUUUUAAUUGGAACCUUUGGCCUCAGUCAAAGGUUGAAGCAACCAAAAUUGUUUUACCUUUAGGCUGUUUAUUUACACCUUUGAAAGAAUCGUCUACUCGACCAAUACCUCCCAUCACAUAUGAGCCUGUCCUUUGUACCCGGCAAAAUUGUCGUGCCAUUCUUAAUCCACUUUGUCAAGUAGAUAAUCGAGCUCGAAUAUGGAUCUGUGCUUUUUGUUUUAAUCGGAAUCCUUUUCCUGCUUCUUACAAUAAUAUUCAAGACUUGACCCAGUUAGCUGAAACUAUGUUUAGCACAUUAGAUUAUACAAUUACAAGAGCUCCUAGCGGAACUGGUCCCAUAUUUUUAUUUGUUGUUGACACUUGCCUCGAUGAAGAAGAGUUGACUUCACUCAAGUCCAGUAUACAAUCAUCAUUCGCUCUUUUACCUCAGAAUGCUCUAGUUGGUUUGAUUACAUUUGGCCGUAUAAUUAGUCUCUGGGAGCUUAACUCAUCCUGCGCUAAAUCAUUUGUUUUCCAAGGUGGAAAAGAUUACACUGCUAAGCAAAUUCAAGAGUGGCUCGGUAUUUCAAUUUCUAACCGAGCUGCACCCGCAGGACCAACUCCAGCUGGUGCUGCCGGUCAUCAUCCUCCUGGCCAUCAUGGACCUGGUUCUCAUGCUGCUCUACCCAAAAAUAAUGCUACCAAAUUUUUACAACCAAUUUCUGAAUGUGGAGCUGUACUGUCGGAUAUCCUGGAUCAAUUAAAUAGAGAUCCUUGGCCAACACCUCAGGGUAAAAGGUCUUUGAGAGCCACUGGAGCAGCUCUUUCUAUUGCCACUAGCUUUUUGGAAGUAACAUAUCCAAACAGUGGUGCAAGAGUAAUGCUUUUUAUUGGAGGACCCUGCACAAUUGGACCUGGUAUGAUAAUUGAUGACGAUUUGAAGAAUACUAUUCGGUCUCAUCACGACAUUGAAAGUGACCGAGCUAAAUUUAUGAAAAAAGCUAUCAAACAUUACCAAGGAUUGGCAGCUCGAAGUGCAAAUAAUGGACACACCAUUGAUAUUUACGCUUGUGCAUUGGAUCAAACGGGACUUCAUGAAAUGAAACACUGCGCCAACAUGACUGGAGGGCACAUAAUUAUGGGCGAUUCAUUCGAGACAAGCUUGUUCAAAACUUCCUUCCAAAGAGUUUUCAAUAAGGAUAGUAACCAAAAUUUAAAAAUGGCCUUCAAUGCAGUAGUCGAAGUUAAAACAUCAAGGGAACUCAAAGUUUCAGGAGCCAUAGGACCAUGCAUAUCAAGUGGUAUUCGAAAUCAAUAUGUUAGUGAUACCGAGAUAGGUAUUGGUGGAACUGCUCAAUGGAAAUUCUGCUCUCUUACACCAACUAUGACAACAGCCUUUUAUUUUGAUAUCGUUUCUCAAAAUCAAGCCACAGCUGCCCAAACCUCACAAAGAGGUUACAUUCAAUUUAUCACUCAAUAUCAAGGAUCAGAUGGAUUCCAACAUGUUCGUGUAACUACGGUUACACGUAAUCUUAGCUCUACUGAUUAUGCCUUUGAUCAAGAAUCAGCUUGUGUUCUUUUAGCUCGUUUAGCAUGUCACCGAGCUGAAGCUGAAUCAAAUGGUCCAGAUGUGCUUCGCUGGUUGGAUCGUAACUUGAUUAGACUCUGCCAACGUUUCGGUGAAUUUAGAAAAGAUUCCCCAGAUUCAUUCCAACUUACACCCAACUUUAGUAUGUUUCCGCAGUUUAUGUUUCAUCUUAGAAGAUCCCAAUUUAUUCAAGUUUUCAAUAAUUCACCGGAUGAAACUUCAUUUUAUCGACAUGCUCUUCUUCUCGAUGAUUGUAUUAAUUCAUUGAUAAUGAUUCAACCAACCCUAGUUUCGUAUUCUUUCUAUGAACCUCCACACGCAGUUCUUUUGGAUACGAGCUCUAUUCAAGCCGAUCGAAUACUUUUGAUGGAUACUUUCUUCCAUAUAGUUAUUUUCCAUGGACAGUCGAUUGCUGAAUGGAGAAAAGCUGGUUAUCAAGAUCAAGAAGGUUACGAAUCAUUUAGAGUGCUAUUGAGUGCACCAAUUAAUGAUGCUAAUGAGUUAAUGUUAAAUCGAUUCCCAGUUCCCCGGUAUAUUGUUUGUGAUCAAAAUUCAUCUCAAGCUCGUUUCCUCUUAUCUAAAGUCAAUCCGUCUCUAACCCAUAAUACAACCAUUGGUUAUUACGGCGAUCAAUCAGCAACAGCUCCAGUUUUAACAGAUGAUGUUUCUCUUCAAACUUUCAUGGAACACUUGAAAAAAUUGGCUGUAAGCUCCAGUGCAACAUAAUAAUUAACUAAUUUUCUAGGUCAUUUUAGGUUAUAUUAUCACAAUCAAUAAAGAAAUACUAAAAGCAUAAAUGGUUAUGAAGAGAAAUUUAAAUGAAUGAAAAAGAAAAACUUAAACAAUGUCCAAAAAGAAUUGUUUUUAAAAUUGAUUUAUCAAUGAAUAAGAUAUUAAAAUAUUAAGUUAACUUGGUUUAAACUUCAAGACUUAUAUAAAACGGAAAAAAUAUUAUUAAAUUGAAUUUUUGCUCUCAA